GCGGGUCCUCCGGGCGGAAGGCGGAAGCCGCUGCGAAUCAUGUGAUCCGAGAAACAUGGCCUCAGCCCCAUGAGCCCGGCAGGUGCCGGCUGGGAUAGGAUCUUGUGAGCUGCUGCCAGCCGGGGGGCAGGUGUGCGACUACGAGAUCCAGGCUUGGGUUCCGAGGCGGCGCGCGGCGGCGGAGCGAGACAGGUCCGGGGCGGCUUGGUCCAUGAGCCGGCGCCUGAGGCAGCGCGGAGCCGCAGACUCCCCUGGCCCCGGCGCGGCCCGGGCUGCCGCGGGGUGAAGAGUCGCGGGGCACCCGGGAGCGCCCCGAGCUACUACCAUGAACCCCGAGAAGGAUUUCGCGCCGCUCACACCGAACAUCGUUCGCGCCCUCAAUGACAAGCUCUACGAAAAGCGGAAGGUGGCAGCGCUGGAGAUCGAGAAGCUGGUCCGGGAGUUCGUGGCCCAGAACAACACCGUGCAGAUCAAGCAUGUGAUCCAGACCCUGUCUCAGGAGUUUGCCCUGUCUCAGCACCCCCACAGCCGGAAAGGGGGCCUCAUCGGCCUGGCCGCCUGCUCCAUCGCACUGGGCAAGGACUCGGGGCUCUACCUGAAGGAGCUGAUCGAGCCCGUGCUGACCUGCUUCAAUGACGCCGACAGCAGGCUGCGCUACUACGCCUGCGAGGCCCUCUACAACAUCGUCAAGGUGGCCCGAGGCGCCGUGCUGCCCCACUUCAACGUGCUCUUUGAUGGGCUGAGCAAGUUGGCUGCGGACCCAGACCCCAAUGUGAAAAGUGGAUCUGAGCUCCUAGACCGCCUCUUAAAGGACAUCGUGACAGAGAGCAACAAGUUCGACCUGGUGGGCUUCAUCCCCUUGUUGCGGGAGAGGAUUUACUCCAACAACCAGUACGCCCGGCAGUUCAUCAUCUCCUGGAUCCUGGUUCUGGAGUCCGUGCCAGACAUUAACCUGCUGGAUUAUUUGCCGGAGAUCCUGGAUGGACUCUUCCAGAUCCUGGGCGACAACGGCAAAGAGAUUCGGAAAAUGUGUGAGGUGGUCCUUGGAGAAUUCUUGAAAGAAAUCAAGAAGAACCCCUCCAGUGUUAAGUUUGCUGAGAUGGCCAACAUCCUGGUGAUCCACUGCCAGACCACGGAUGACCUGAUCCAGCUGACAGCCAUGUGCUGGAUGCGGGAGUUCAUCCAGCUGGCCGGCCGGGUGAUGCUGCCCUACUCUUCUGGGAUCCUGACCGCCGUCCUGCCCUGCCUGGCCUACGACGACCGCAAGAAAAGCAUCAAGGAGGUGGCCAACGUGUGCAACCAGAGCCUGAUGAAGCUGGUCACCCCUGAGGACGAUGAGCCUGACGAGCCCAAGCCCGUGGUGCAGAAGCAGGCAGAAGCCAAGCCCGAAGACUCCUCGGCGAAGCAGGAGGGGACAGCCAGUGGAGGGCCCGAUGGUUCUUGUGACUCCAGCUUCGGUGGCAGCAUCGGUGUCUUCUCUCCAGCCAGCACCGAACGGGCCCCGGUCACCCUCCACCUCGACGGGAUUGUGCAGGUGCUGAACUGCCACCUCAGCGACAUGGCCAUCGGCAUGAUGACCAGGAUCGCCGUCCUCAAGUGGCUCUACCACCUCUACAUCAAGACCCCCCGGAAGAUGUUCCGGCACACGGACAGCCUCUUCCCCAUCCUACUCCAGACGUUAUCGGAUGAAUCCGACGAGGUUAUCCUCAAGGAUCUGGAGGUGCUGGCAGAAAUUGCAUCCUCUCCCGCAGGCCAGACAGAUGACGCAGGCCCGCCCGAUGGCCCUGACCUCCGGGUCGGCCACUCGGAGCUCCAGGUGCCCACACCUGGCAGAGCCAGCCUGCUGAGCACUCCCGGUGCCAAAGGCCUGGAAUGUUCUCCUUCCACUCCCACCAUGAACUCCUACUUUUACAAGUUCAUGAUCAACCUUCUCAAGAGGUUCAGCAGUGAACGGAAGCUUCUGGAGGUCAGAGGCGCCUUCAUCAUCAGGCAGCUCUGCCUCCUGCUGAACGCGGAGAACAUCUUCCACUCGAUGGCGGACAUCCUGCUCCGGGAGGAGGACCUCAAGUUCGCCUCGACCAUGGUCCACACCCUCAACACCAUCCUGCUCACGUCCACCGAGCUCUUCCAGCUGCGGAACCAGCUCAAGGACCUGAGGACCCCGGAGAGCCGGAACCUCUUCUGCUGCCUGUACCGCUCCUGGUGCCACAACCCGGUCACUACAGUGUCGCUGUGCUUCCUCACCCAGAACUACCGGCACGCCUACGACCUCAUCCAGAAGUUCGGAGACCUGGAGGUCACCGUGGACUUCCUCACGGAGGUGGACAAGCUGGUGCAGCUGAUCGAGUGCCCCAUCUUCACAUACCUGCGCCUGCAGCUUCUGGACGUGAAGAACAACCCGUACCUGAUCAAGGCCCUGUACGGCCUGCUCAUGCUGCUGCCCCAGAGCAGCGCCUUCCAGCUGCUCUCCCACCGGCUCCAGUGCGUGCCCAACCCCGAGCUGCUGCAGACGGAAGACGGUCUGAAGGCAGCCCCCAGGUCACAGAACGCAGACUCCCUGAGCAUCGACUACGCAGAGCUGCUGCAGCACUUUGAGAGGGUCCAGAAGAAGCACCUGGAAGUGAGGCACCAGCGGAGCGGGCGUGGGGAUCACCUGGACCGGAGGGUUGUUCUCUGACAGGCCUGGCAUGGAGAAGGGCCCGGGAGUGGUCCCCUCUGCGCAGCGCCCGAGGACCUGCCUCCGGGACAAGGCUGGACCCAGCCACCAGCCUGGAGCAGGGUAGGGGGUGGAGGCUCUGUCCACCCGAGCUCCUCUCACGGCCCAGCCCCCCAGGCCCCCGGCACAGGCAGCUGCACUCUGGUAUUCAGACAGAGCUGGCUUCCCACCAGGGUGGGCCUGCAGCCUCAGACACCCCCACUUUCUGGAUUCAGGUUCUUUCUAACGCCCUCUUGUAAAAGAGCUUGACCUCAGCCCACCAGAGCUCUGACCUCGUGCAGAUGCGUGUGUACACAGGUGUGUACACAUCUCCGUGCACACAGGGACCAGCACAGAGGCCCAUGUGAAUGAUGCACACCCCCUGCCCCAAUAAAGAAAUGACAGAAAAGCC